GAGCCUUCCCAGCAGCAGUAAGUGGCUGGUUCCCAGAUGUCUUCUGGGGCAUACUGACACCCAUCGGGGAUGGCGUCGGAGACAGAGAAGAGCCGGGCUUUGCUGCGGUCUUGUGGUGCUGAGUCUCUUCUUUCCAGCCUUGGCUUGGGUGUAUUUUGCCUAGUGGCUGACAGACUUCUUCAGUUUUCCAUAAUUCAGCAAAACGACUGGCUUCGUGCACUGUCAGAUAAUGCAGUGCACUGUGUGAUUGGUAUGUGGUCCUGGGCAGUUGUCAUUGGCAUCAAGAAGAAGACUGACAUUGGAGAAAUCAUUUUAGCUGGACUUCUCGCCUCUGUUAUUGACAUAGACCACUUUUUCCUAGCUGGAUCCCUUUCUCUAAAGGCUGCUUUGAAUCUUCCACGAAGACCUUUCCUUCACUGUUCUACUGUGAUACCUGUUGUGGCCCUGACCCUGAAGUUUAUUAUGCACAUUCUCAAGCUCAAAGACUCUUGGUGCUUCCUCCCUUGGAUGUUAUUUCUAUCCUGGACCUCACACCAUAUUCGAGACGGAAUUCGUCAUGGCUUGUGGAUAUGCCCAUUUGGAAAAACUUCUCCUCUGCCAUUCUGGCUUUAUGUAAUAAUGACAGCAUCUUUACCUCACAUCUGUUCAUUUGUUAUGUACUUAACAGGAACCAGACAAAUUAUGUCUUCCAAACAUGGAAUUCGUAUUGAUGUCUAAGGUAAACCAUGUGGCUGACUUAGAGAAGCAAAUAGUUCAGACAGGACAGUUAAAAGUAGCUAACAUUAAAGCAAAUUUAAAUUAAAUCUUAAUAAUUAUCAUUCUUUCUUCUAAAACACUAUAGUGCAAUUUUAGACAAUCACUUAUGCUAUGCCGUAUUUUUACUAUUCUCUUUAGCUAUAAGGUAUUAGAUUAGCAUCUAGUUAUGUUUCUGAAAGUGUAUUGUUGAUGUAGUCUAUUUGUGUUGAAAAAUAACUCAGAAUUUUAGUGACUAAUUAAUGGGAGGUUAGUUCAUAUUUGAACACACUUUUUCAGGAGAUAUUAAAAUAACGAGAAAGUUGAAUAAGAUGAGAUUGUGAGGGGGCUGGCGCAAUACAGCAGGCAGGGUGCUUGCCUUGCAUGUGGCCAACCCGGUUCAAUCCCCAGGUCCUCAUAUGGUCCCUGGCAGAGCCAGGUAUAAGCUCUGAGCACCACCA